UAAGGUUGUUAAAAAAAUACUAGUAUAUUUUUAAAUGUUGUAAAAAUAUUUUGCCAAAAAAAAAAUGUUGUAAAAAUAUUUGUUGUGAUUUGACCUUCUCCCCCCAAUUUUAUCGGAACCGCACACUACUUUGUAGACCCCACCCGACUUAAUUUUUGUCACGUUGGACGGUUCAAUUCAAACGUGGCACAAACUAAUUCGCUCAUUAUCUUUAUUAUCACAACACAAAAAUCAAAUAAAAAAACAAAUUCCAAAUAUUAUCAUCACUAAAUUCUCGCUUUUUUUAAGCUAAAAAAGAUUUCCAAUCCAAAUUAUCCUUCUUUUACAAGUAGAGAUUAGAGAAAAAAGUAUUUAAUUUGGAAAAUACCAAUUUCUUCCUUAAAAAAAAAACAAGAAAUUUUGUUUCUGGGUGGAAACUUCAUUCAUAUUCAUUUGAUUGUUCACACGCUUUUCUGUUCCAAGAGGGCUGUCUUGUCUAAACGACGUUGUCGUGUUGACGUUGACAGCCCCCAAUUGUUCUUUCCUUCGAAGAUACUAUCAAUCAGAUUUUCAAUUUCAAAUAUUCACAUUCCAUAACCAACAACAAGGUACUAAAUCAACAGAAUAAUCUCUUCCUCAUAACAGAAUAUCCCUUUUUUUUAUUCUCUGCUUCGCGUUCUCUUUACGUGUUUUUUUUGUUUCUCCUUAUUUAUUGGAUUUGCAAUUGGAUACUAUACUCACCAACCCUCCAAUUUUUUAUUUCUGGGUCUCUUUUGUUUGCCUUAAAGCAUUGAACUUUUCAUUUAAUUUUGGUUUUUGAACGUGAUUUUCAUUCUGGGUCUUGUCAAUUUUCAUUGUGUGUAGAUAAAAACGCGGUUUUUGGUUUUGAUAAAAUUUCUGCAAUGAGUUCGUUUUCUGGAGCAAUUCAGAGACCCCUUGUGGCUGCUGCCGCUGUUGCAGCCGCUUCUUUAUCUACCGAGAAAUUACCAUUCAUUGGAUCAUCUCGUGAUUGUUCGACCUCCGGUUUCGAUCAUUCUCCAGCUUCUAACUCUUUGCAGGAAUCAUAUUCAUCAGUGGUUUCUCAAAUUUCUGAUUCAAAACUUGCUAACCUAUAUUUUGUGAACAAAAUUCGGGUUCCGGUUCCUAAUGUGAAUUUCCGGGUGCCGGCUUUGGGGUCAAAUUUGUACUAUUCUUCUGUUGCUUCAUCGCCACUUGUUAAAGAUUUGUAUCAGUCUGCUGAAUUGACUAGGUUUUCAAGGUUGUCGUCGUCCACUUGUUACAAGGGUGUCUCUAAUUCAACUUCUGAGUUCAUGUAUAAAUGGCAUUUGCCUGAACCCAAUGCUUUUGGUGGUUCAUCUGUGAAAUCGAAGACGGUGGUGGUUUUGCUUGGAUGGUUAGGUGCAAAGCAGAAACAUCUAAAGAAGUAUGCUGAAUGGUACACUUCAAAGGGAUAUCAUGUCAUUACCUUUACAUUUCCAAUGGCUGAUGUAUUGAGUUAUAAGCCGGGAGGAAAAGCGGAACAAAAUGUUCACAUGCUUGUGGACCACUUGGCUGACUGGUUAGAAGAGGAGAAUGAAAAGAAUCUUGUCUUUCAUACUUUCAGUAACACUGGAUGGUUAACGUAUGGAGUUAUGUUGGAGCACUUUCAUAGGCAAGACCCGUCUUUGAUGGAAAAGAUUAGGGGCUGCAUUGUAGAUUCUGCACCUGUUGCAAACGCUGACGCAGAGGUCUGGGCCUCAGGUUUCUCAGCAGCAUUUCUCAAGAAGAAUAGCGUAGCUACAAAGGGGUGUGUAUCCUCUGAUGAUUCUGGCAUUAAAGUAUCAAUUGGCAGCAAUGAAGAUUUAGUACUCAAACCUAAGGCAACCGAAGCAGCUUUGCUGUUAGUACUAAAGAAAUUUUUUGAAGUUGUUCUGCAUCUCCCUUCAGUGAAUAGGAGGCUCUCUGAUGUUUUCAGCAUGUUAUCUACAAAGCAACCAGGGUGUCCACAGUUAUACAUGUAUAGUUCUGCAGACAGAGUCAUUCCGGCUGAUUCAGUGGAAUCGUUUGUCGAUGCACAGCGUAAGGCCGGACACAAUGUGAGGGCAUGCAAUUUUGUCUCGUCGCCCCAUGUUGAUCACUUUCGAAAUGACCCAAAAUUGUAUACUUCUCAGCUCAGUCAGUUCUUAGAGGAGUGUGUUAUUGACCGAUGUAAAUCUCACUAAUUCAUUGGUUCACUCAUACAGCAUAUAGUUUAUUCUUUUUGAUUUUUGAGAGAAGCCAUUCCAUUAAUUAAUGGUGAUUAGGACUUUCAAAAGUCAAUCCCUUUAAGGGAUCACUUACCUUUCACUGAUAGCUUAUCAUAAAUUCAUUGAUACAUUGAUAGUGCAAAUGAAAGACAUUGCAAUUUUUUUUAGUUGUUUCUUUCAUAUUGCAUGGGUUGACAAAGUACAGUGGUGUAUUGUUUUGUUAGUUGAUGGCAAAUAAUUUGAUCAUUGAUA